AUGAAUGCUUCUCUGGUAAAUGCUCCCCAGGGCCUGUUAACAUUCAACGAUGUGACUGUGGACUUCUCAGAGGAGGAAUGGGAAUGUCUUGACCGUGCUCAGAGGGGACUGUACUUGACUGUGAUGUUGGAGAAUUACAGCAAUCUAUUUUUUGUGGAGAAUCAUCACACAUGUCAUAAAUAUGAGAAUGUUCAAGACACACAGCAUAUUGUUGAUGAGCAUGUGAAUAUCCAUGAGAAGUCUUAUAAAUGUCCUGAGCUAGGCAAAAUCAUUCAUAAAUCCACUGAAUGUACACCUUAUAAAACUAACCUUGGGGAUACAUCUAUUGAAUCAUCAAAACGAAACAGACAUGAAACUGGAAACACCAGAGAACCUUGCCAAUCUAAAAACUGUAUAAACUGUUUAAAUUUGUGUUCUAGCAUUAGUGUAAAUCAAGGAAUCCACAUAGGAAAGAAAAAACACAAUGGCACAGCAAUUGAUAAGGUUUUCCACUCUAAACAAAAACUCAUGCUGAAACAAACCAAUAAUGGAAAGCAAACUUACAAAUGUAGUGAAUGUGAGAAAUGCUUCACCAAGAAAUGUGAUCUUAGAAUUCAUCAGAGAAUUCAUACAGGGGAGAAACCUUACAAAUGUCAUGAGUGUAUUAAAUCUUUUACCCAGAAAUGCAAUCUUAGAAGACAUCAGAGAAUUCAUACAGGAGAGAAACCUUACAAAUGUCAUGAGUGUGACCAAUGCUUUACCCACCAAUGCAGUCUUAUUAUUCAUCAGAGAAUUCAUACAGGAGAGAAAGCUUACAAAUGUACUGAAUGUGACAAAUUCUUUGCACGCAAAAGUGAGCUUAGAAGUCAUCAGAGAAUUCAUACAGGAGAGAAACCUUACAGGUGUAGUAAAUGUGAAAAACAUUUUACCACCAAAGGUGAGCUUAGAAGUCAUCAGAGAAUUCAUAUAGGAGAGAAGCCUUACAAAUGUAGCGAAUGUGGCAAAUACUUUACCCAAAAAGGCAGUCUUAUUAUUCAUCAGAGAAUUCAUACAGGAGAGAAGCCUUACAAAUGUAGUGAAUGUGACAAAUGUUUUACCCAAAAAUGCAGUCUUAUUUUUCAUCAGAGGAUUCAUACAGGAGAGAAUCCUCACAAAUGUAGUGAAUGUGACAAAUGCUUCACCCUCAAAAGUGAUCUUAGAGUUCAUCAGAGAAUUCACACAGGAGAGAAACCUUACAAAUGUAGUGAAUGUGAUGUGUCUUUUAUCAAGAAAUCCAAUCUUAGAAGACAUCAGAGAAUUCAUACAGGAGAGAAACCUUACAAAUGUACUGAAUGUGAAAAAUCCUUUACCCACAAAUGCAGUCUUAGUAUUCAUCAGAGAAGUCAUACAGGAGAGAGACCUUACAAGUGUAGUGAAUGUGACAAACGCUUUACCAACAAAGGAUACCUUGUAAGUCAUCAGAGGAAUCAUACAGGAGAGAAACCUUACAAAUGUGAUGAAUGUGACAAAUGUUUUACCCACAAAUGCAGUCUUAGUAUUCAUCAGAGAUCUCAUACAGAAGAGAAACCUUAUAUAUGUAGUGAAUGUGGUAAAUUCUUUAGCCACAAAUGUAGUCUUCGCACUCAUCAAAGAAUGCAUACAGUAGACAAACUUUACAAAUGA